GGAGGGAAGCUCCUCUCUCGCGACUGCUCACCAGGAGGCUGCCAGUCAAGGCGACACCGCUGCUCCCGAUGCACAAGAUGAUGUCGACCUACACUAUGUCUGCUUUGUCAAGACGGACGACGGCACACUGUGGGAGUUGGAUGGCAGGAGGAAGGGCCCCAUCGCGAGAGGCAAGCUGGACGAGGAUGAGGAUGUGCUCUCGGAGAAAGCACUGCUUUGGGGACCGCUGAAGUUCUUGGAGCGCGAAGGCGCCGAUAUGCGUUUUAGCUGCGUGGCGUUGGCGGGCUCACUUGAUUGAAUUAUUGCAAGCAUCGGAUACCCAUUUGUAUGACAUGGACUGACCUCACUCAUUCUACAGUAGAGUGAUUUGCGAGCAAACACGCGAGACUCAUGCGUAGGAUCUGCAGGAGAUGCAAAUGAAAGAAUAUCCUCAAUGCCGUUAGCUGCUGUCCAGCAGCAGACAUGGAUCAAGUCAGUGACGUUAAAGCCCAACCGCGGCCCCACAUUUACAUGUCGUCAACAUGGACUCGCCAGAGCAAAAAGGCAACUGUCGGGAUUGGAUUGUAUAGUCUUCCGCAGCAGCAUGGCCAAUCGAUUGUACCGGCUCAGGCACAUUCAUAUUCCUGAUUCAGCACCCCAUUACCCGCCUUUCGACCUAGUCAAACGUGUCGACAGAUUGCUCAGGUCGCAGAUCCGACAUGGAAGACCCAAGUUGCGCCGUUCUCGUGGCGGCAAGGCAUGCCUUGCCUGUCCGCCACCUACUGUCCUUUCCUUCACCUCCGCUCCAGCCUACUUCAUAGAGAACACGAGCAUCAGGACCAGGAAGUCCACCGCAGCCGCGCUCGAGUCCAUCAGGCUCAUAUGGCCACGCUCGGAGGAUUACCCAGCGCCUGUCUCCAACUUCCACGUGUCGAGCGGGGAUGAGGGGGAUCAGCCACAAGCCACUGCGGCUGUUCCGGGAGAUCCCUUCGACCAUACGUAUAAACCAGAUUUGUUGGAGCCGCUGCUUGACCUCAUGCCCCGUACCAUGGACCUGGUCGUCUGCGCCAUGCUCAGACGAGAGUUCGGGAUAGCUACGUCCGUGGGGAGGGACUUCACGUCCUUGAUAGUUAGCUCCGGGGCUCAAAUCGCAGCGAUCUGGCCCGGAACCAAGGACGGCGCGUCUACUUAUGGCGUCACCAUCAACAUAGCAGAGCCACAGGAAACUGUGUCCGCCAAGCAUAUCCAACAAGAGGAUGCGGUUGCGCAGGACUCUGGUGAUGAAGUGGCCACAACUGUCGCUGGUGAACUUGCAUCGGUACACGAACUCGCGCCCCUGGAAAGCAUCCACAACAGACGAUUCGUGGCCUUGAAGCCAGUAGGUGACCUUGGGGACGCGGUGACCAAGGGCUCGCAGUGGUACACGCGUACGUAUGAAACCAACGUAUCAUUCGCGCCACUGGGUAUGGACAACUAUGGCUUUGCGGUGAGUUGGGCAUAUGAGCUAGCGAGAGCAAUGGAUAUAUCGUUCGUAGAGAGCAAAACCACGAACGGCUGGGAACUGCGAGACUUCUCAAAGUCUGUGAAGCAACCUCGCCUCACCGCACGGCCUCAGGUCUACACGCAAAGCGCCGAGCCUGAGAACCACGAUGUGCCCUCGAUCGAACAAGGUCGUGUUCCUAGCUGGGACCUCACGCAGAGGAGAUUGCUGCGAGAUCUCGAGAAAUCCGUAGGCGGCAAGAAGCUCGAUACGCGCAAAGUAGAGGAGCCUCUCAAACAGAAGCCCGGCCCUAAUUCACGUGAGCUUCAAAGAACUGGUAGUGAUGAGAGCAAAGCGCCCAGGCGUCGCCGAAACCACAGGACCUGA